AUGGACGCUUUGAAGAAGAUCAGUCGAAUCAUUGGGAAUGUAGUUGAACAAAUCGAGGGUAAUAUCGUGGAGCUGCCAACGGAUCUGAACACUGUCAGGGUUGAUCGCCAUUACCGCGAAGCUGUUAAGGGUGGGUGUUUUUGUAAUUUUAAAGUUAUUCUUUUUAUUGAGGAUAUGUUUGAAUAAACUACCUUAUUUUAGCUCAGGAUCCUUUAGCUUCGAGAUCGGCUACUUCACCAAUGAGGUAUCGCAAAGGUCGUACUAAAAAGAGUGGUAAGUUGGUAUUUUUUUUUAAAUAGUUUUGCUUCGAUGUUUUAUACGGCAGCAUAAUAAUGUUUGAUCUUGAUAUUGUUUUAGUUUCUACUUCGACUUCUGACCUUUCUGAAGGUUAUACUCCAACAUCGUCGACUUCCCUUCAUACUAGCGACUACAAUUCUGAUGCUGAGACGAUGGACAUGGAUAGUAGCAAUAAUGUUCUUCCUGAUCUCGAAUCUACGCGAAACAGUGGCAUGGAUACUUGUAAUCAAUGUGGGAAAAAAGUAAUUUUGAGUAAUAAUGAUGAGUAUUACUGUGUAAUUUCUUCGAAUUAGCGACACUAAACUCUUAUUAUCAAAUAUGUUUGUUAUGUGUAUGUUAUCUUAAUAAAACUCUUUUUCAGAAGCUAGACAUUCAUCUGGAGCCUCUGAAGAAUCACGCGUUGGCCUUUCCUGAAGACGGAAUCCGUUGUUUGCCGCGAGAAUCGGACAGAAUCUACGAAGAGUUGAACAGAAAGUCGCUGGUGCUGGUGCGCGACAUUCCGUCUGCUGAAGUGGACCGUAUCAAACGUCGGAUUGCCAGAGGCAGUGGCAAGUCAGUGAAUAACCCCGACUUUAACGAAAACAAGUCGGUUCGUACGAUCGCUACGGGAACUCGCAAGAAAUAA